GUCAUCCACGAGCCCUACGCCUUCUCAUCAUUGCAUCAUUCAUGGUUCCUGGGUGUUUCCGUACAUUGUGGCGCUCACGAAGGCAUUCUCGGCCUCCAAGCAGUGGUGGAGUCGCUCAAAUAAGUACGCCCUAGAUGAUGUAGAGACUUGCACUUCUGUAUUGACUGGUGUUUCUCGCCUGCCUUCUGUCCCAGGCAAUGCUGAUGAUCACUUUCCUGUGUCAACCGCAGCGGAUAUUCUCGUUCCUGCUUCUGUAUCGACGGACAUUGCUACCCGUCCACUUUCCCUUCAAGGUGAUGCAGAGGAUCCUGCUGCUGCAUUGACUUGCACUGUAGGAAUACCCACGUCUUCGGAAACUACGUACCACCUAACUCCUUCCCAAGCUAAGAAGAAUGUUGGUCGCAUCCAUCGAUUUCACAUCCUUGUCAUGGGCAGAGCAAAUGCUGGUAAAACUACAAUCUUGCAGAGGGUUUGUAACACUAUGGAUGAACCGGAGAUUUUUGAUGCUGAAGGACGGAAGGUUAAUGCUAAUGUAGUACAAGGUUCAGUGAUGCGAGGCUACCAUAACAUCGAGGAUGAGCUGAUCUUUGGCAGCAACCCAAACUUUCACAGUUUUCAGAAGAUGAAGGGAUUUGUGAUGCAUCAUGCUACCACUCCUAAACUGGAGAAAAGAAUACAUGCCUAUUUGAGCCACAGGAUGGUUACAGCUGCUGAAAGGAAGUUCUUUGAGGAGUGUGAUACAGGACAUGUUCCAGUGAUUGUGGUCCUAACAAAGGCAGAUGCCUUGGAGCUAGAUGCUUGGGAGGAACUCAUGGACAGGGGUUUAAGUGUGGAUGAAGCACUGGAAGGUGUUGCAAAAGUGGAAAGGGAGAUGGUUCAGAGGCAUCUCACAAAGGUCAAGAAGUGGUUAGAAGCAUCAAGGUUUCCACCUCAUGACUUCCAGCUAUUGACAGGGAAGUGGUCUAUGUAUUGCUAUCAUAUGUAGCAGACCUAAUCAGAGAUCAUUGUAGGGAUGCAAGAUGAUGGUGCUGAUUGCACUGAUCUGAUAAAAUGCACAACUAAUGCUCUGAAUGAGGAAGGUCUGCAAAAGCUUCUUAUAUCAACACAGCAGUCCAGUCUGGCACUGUGUAUAGAAUAUGCUGUAAUGAAG